AUGCAAAGCGAUAUAAUCGUAAGCACAGAUUUACCUGAGUAUAAUAAAAGUAGGAUGAACAUGAACGGUGUGAUGGAUAUAAGUGGCUAUAAUGGUAGUGGUACCCCUGGUUGCAGGGAGGAAACGAAUGAAGACAACACAAGUGGCAUAUAUGAAAAAGGGAAUGUAGUUAAUUACGACGAUACGAGUAGUGCCACAUUUAAGGAUGGCAUUGAAAGUAGGAACGAUUGCAAUAUUUCUCCAGCAGAGAUAAAAGUUCCAACAACCCCCUCCCCCAUUAAUGAAAAGAAUGUGAGUAAUUCCACCGAUACAACACAGGUGACAUCCAUUUCUGUAACAAGUAAAACGUAUGACCAGGCACAGAGUAGUAACUGCGCAAAUGGUAAUAGUGAAAUAUUUGCACAAAAGGAGGAAGAGGGGAUGGGAGAAACAUUUACGCGUAAUGUAGAAAAUUUGGGAAGCCUCAAAAGCAGUACACAUGAUAGUUUUGAGGUGAUUUCUGCCAGCGGGGUAAAGUCAGCUUCUGCAGGAGACGUCCACCCGGGUGAUAAUGUAACUCACGCGGAUUCACCUAUUAAUGAGAAGGAACCACCCAUGGGUGAGGGGUCGAUGGACUCAGGAGUAAGAUGCCCCAGUGUGAACGCGUCAGUCGAUGCAACAAGUGAUUCCAAGAAUAACAACACGCCAGUGCGUAACAGCGAAAAUGGCGCAGGUGACCAGAACAACGCCAACGCUGUUUACUCCUCCCUGCGUGUAAACAACGUUAACACCACAAGUGACGUUUCCGCCAAUGUGUCAAAGUUGAAUUCGAUGACCGAAAGUAAUGCUAAAAUGAAUAACGUUUCUGAAUGUGCAAAUUUGAUAGAGGGCAGCGAUAAAGUGCCAGACUGUAAAGUGGUCACCCGUGAGGAAGGUGACCAGUUCGAAAGUGGGCCCUUCGAGAAGAGCAGUAACAACCACAGUGUCAACAUGCACAGUGCAAGUGCAGGUGGGAGCGGCAACGCCAGUGGUAGUGCAAGGAACGAUAGCAGUAACAGUGGGGAAAACGCCAACAGUGGCAACAGUGGUAAUAGUGGCAAUAGUGGUAAUAGUGGUAACGGUGGUAACGGUGGUAACGGUGGUAACGGUGGCUACAGUGGUAACAGUGGCAGCAAUAGUGGGGAGGAUGGGGAAAACGACGGCGAUAAGAACAGGAAGAAUGGCCAGCAUGACGCCGGAAGUGGUGAAGGUACCGGCCCCAUGGAGAACCCCAACGAGGGGAAGAACGAGGAAGACUCCAAAAAAAAUGGAAAUGGUGAUGAUCCAAGUAAUGAUCCCAAUAAUGAUCAGAAGGACGAACAUAGUAGGAGCAAAAAUGCCGAUGCCCUUAACCGAAGUAACAAUAGUAGUGAUAAUGGAAAGAAGAAAAAAAACAGUAACAACGUUGAAGGGAAGAAUGGUAGCGGUAAAGGCCAUUCAGUGUCAUCCCCCAAAUCGAACAGUAACAAUAGCUCUGCGCCAGUUAGUUCACUAAACGCAGAUGCACCCGAGUUUGUUCCAUCGACCAAAGGAAUGCAGGGAAAUUUAUCCUUCAACAGUUUAAUGUGGAACCAUUACUACCAGGAUAUGUCUAAUGGAGCAUUCGGAGGAGUGGCAACGAAUGGAUUGAUUAGUAACAUGGCUGCCCAGGGAAGCAAUAGUAUGAUGAGUCCAAACGGGAUGAUAGGUCCCCUUGGUGGAAUGGGCCAUGGUCCAGGGGAUCUAAUGAAUUUAGCAAAUUCGACUCAUAUGUCAGCAUCGAAUGGGGGCAUAGGUUUAAACAUUCCCAAUAAUGCAGGUGUGAUGCUCCCCCAAGUGAAUAAUCUAACUAGCAUGGAUGGUCGAAACGACAAGGGGAACCUUCCCACGGGUGGCCUGUCUACUACGACUACCGGAAGUAUGAAUAACAACGCAGGGAAUAAAUCCGUGAGCAGUUCUAAGCUGGGAAAUAGCAAUAAUAAUGCCAAUUCAAGUGGCCAUGAAAACAGCGUGACGGCAACUUCGUCCAACAUGAUACACGGUUCGGGGGGGGCUUCUGUACUAGGAAAAGCAGGUGCAAAUAAUAGCGGAACGGAUUCUAACUUUUUAAAUUCAAGUGGGAUGUUACCAGGAAUGAAGAACAUGAGGGCUAAUAAUUUUAUGAACGGUUCAGAGAAUUCUGGUCCUUCGCCAUUUCACACGAUGGAUCCACAUCAAGGUGGACAUCCGCAAGCUUUUCAGCCAAAUGGAUCCAUGAUGCAUCCACCCAAUUUUUACGUCAAUCCUCCUUACUUAAUGAAUAACCGUUCGCAUGUGCACCCACCUCAUCCUCAUCACCCUCACCCGAAUGCUUUACCUGGACCCCCUCAGUCAUUAUUCACUCCUCCAAUGUCUUAUGGAAACGGUUUAGGAUCGGGGAAUGUCCCUCAUGAUUUUCCUUUCCCACAACCACCCCCAUCUGUAUAUGGUUCGUUUGGAAAUAAUACUAACCUGAUGGGAAAUAAUACGACUGCCUUAUCAUCCUCGAAGAAUGGAACUAUGAACAUUAAUCCGUAUAGUUUUAUGCCAUGUGGAUUACCUACGCAUCCACCCCCUCCUCAGUUACAGCAUAAUGGUCCCUUAAAUUUGACUGCCCCAUUGGAAACACACUUCAUUUCAGGCAAUUCGGGUAAUGGAGGUGCGCCGUUGAAAAUGUCCUACAAUCAUGUGGGUCAGCCGAACAGACGAAAUAUGUAUAACCACUUCAACAUGGGUAAUAUGCACGGUGGGGGAAGUAACCUCACGGAUGGCAACUUCGAUCCCAGCGUUAGUAAUAAUAACAGUAACAUGAGUAAUGUGAUGGGGGGUGGAGCGGCCGGGGCGGGCAUGUCUUACGGGUAUGGAAACUUCAGCGGAACGCAUAACGUAAAUGGUAGCAACAGUGGUAAUCUACUUCCUGUUGGGGAAAACGCUGGAAGUAACAACAAUAGUGGUAAUGUUAACGGUGUAAAUGCGGGUGUAAACAGUAACGCAAAUAAUGGUGCGAACAACAGUGGCAACAACAGUAGUACCAGUGGAAUGCACCUAACCCCAGGAUUAGGAAACAACAUGGGUAUGAGCAACACAAGUGGGAAUGUAAUCUGUAUGAAUGGACCGUUGCAUAUGACUAAUGUAAGUGCCACUAAUGUAACUCCGUUAUCGCAUCAUCAUAUGAACCAAAUGAACAACGUAAUGUCGGGAGGAGCUACAGGUGGAGCUACCAUGGGAGCAAUGACCGCAGGAGGAAUGCACAUGGGAAAUAUUCCACUGAAUCACAACAUGAUGGUGAAUGGCAUGGAAGGAAUGGGUGGCCCGGUUGGAGGAGCAAUAGUUACGAAGCAACAGAAGAGAAAUAAUACAUACGGAGAAAGGAACAUGAACAAUGCAGGUGGAACGAAUAAUAAUAAUAGCGGUGGUAAGGCAGGAGCCCAUCGGGAUAGCAAAGGAGGAGGUGUAUCUUCAGGUUUGACUUCCUAUGGGAAGCAGGACAGUAAGAAAGGCAACAAGUACAGUGGAAGUGGAGCAAAUAACAUGAACGUAAAUUUUAAUGCCCAUUCGGGUAGUACUGUGAGUCAUGCCAUGGGUAGUGGAUCGAAAAAUAUAUACGUCAGUGGAAAGGCAGCAAAACAGGAAGCACUCCUCUACGGAAGGGACGAAAAUGGAAACGUGACUACGAUAUCCCCUGGGACGACUUUAUCCCAAGGGGGGAACAACCAUUUUGGCAAAACAUCCACAGGGAAUAAUAAUAACAACGCCAUUUUGUUAACGGGUCCAGGUAGUAAUAUAGCGAAUAGUAACAAUAAUAUGAGUGGUGCAUUACAUCAGAAAGAAUCGGAUUUAAGUGGUUCUAUGAAUGAAAAUUUAGAAGACAUGAGUGGAAGUAAGCUUGUGCAGUACGAUGGUAUUACGAACGAAGGGGGAAAGGGCUCCUUCAAGGGGAAAGCCGGACCAUACAGUAGCGUUAAUAGUACCAAUGCGAGGAACAAAGGCAGAAACAACAGUAGCAAUUCGAACAGUUUGGGUUCAACCCAUGUGGCUCUGCCCAGCAGUAACAAUGAAACCAGCAUAACAGGCGAGAAGAGAUUCUUUAACAAGCAUGAAAAGAAUAAGGAAGAUUACAAAGGGGGCAAAAGUUACGGAAGUAACAAAGUGGGUGAAGAAAAAGGGACCUACAGUCAUAUGGGUGGUGCUGCAUCAGGAGUGGUAGGGUCUAAGAAGGAUGCACCUAAGGAUAGCAAUAAGGUGGGCACAAAAAAUGUUGACGUGCAUGUGAAGAAGCCAUAUAACGAUAUGCUUGGACAUUCGAAUAGCGGUAAUAUGGCAAAUCAGCAACAACCCCUCAUAAACAACAAGCAGCAGCAACAGGGAAGUUAUGCAACUAGUGGAAAGUAUCAGAGCAAUGUCGACAAGCGAGUGGGACAUAUGAGAAAUGCUGAAGGGGGAAAAAGUGUAAAUGAGAAGAAAUUGAAAAAUGAGGAAGAUAAGAAGUUCAAGGAGAAGGAUAGCAACAACAACAACAACAACAUGGUAGCAGGAACUGCAAAGGGUGUAGCAGCAAAAGCGGGAUCCACACCAACGGGAGGAAGAGACGGAAGUAAUUUUACCGUCCCGAAUAUGAAUGAUCAGGGUUUACUUCCCAAUAACGAUAACGUGAAUGGUAAAAAUUUGCCAACUGUUGGAGGAACCGAGGGGGUAAAUGGCCCCUACCCCAAUAAUAACUACAACGCAAAUGCCAUGAACAACAAACAGAACGCAAGUUAUGCGAAUGCGAAGAAUGCGAAAAAUUUUGAUAAGAAGAGCACGGAGUUUUCCUCCUGGGUGAAGAUUGCCAAGAUGAAUCCCACCAGUAAAAAGAAAGGAUAUAAAAACAGCCUGAACGGGCAACAGGAGAGUGGAAGUAAUCACGUUACUGGUGCAGGUGUUGCUGGAGCAAGUUCCAUGGCGAGUGCUAAUUUGAAACACCACGAUGGUGGUAACGCAGAGAAGGGAAGCAGUGGUCACCAUGGGAUUGGAGGUGCAGCUGGGGUGGGAGACCAAACCAAUAACACGUUUAAUAAUGCGAAAAGCCGAGGACACAAUAAUGAAAGCGCAGCAGGAGGAUACUCCAAAGGGGACAAUUCAACAAUGAACGGAACGUUGCAUGUAGGGCACGAAAAUGGACCACAGGGUAAUACCCAAACUAGCAGGGAUGGAAAGAAGAGAAAAGAGGAGGAAGAACAAAGAGCAGAGAGACACAAAGGAAUGGUGAACAAAGUUGUGACCGGAAUGAACAACAACAAUAAUCUUCUGCAUUACAGCAAAUCCAACAGAAAGGGAAGCGAAGACAAAAGCGAUAUCAUGAUAAAUAGUAACGCCAAGAAUAAGAAAUUGCCCCCCUAUGGAAGCGCAAAAAGUAGUAGUUACCAUGAAAAGGAGGGGGUUAAAGAAAGGGGAGGCAAAAUGAAGUACGACAGCAGCAGUAGCGGAGUGAAGAAGGUCGAUAUGUUGAAUGAGCGAAAAGGAGGAGGAGGAGGAAGUGGUGGUGGAACUGUUGUUACGAACACGUCUGGAAAUAUUUAUUCCUCCCACCGACAGAGAGAAAAAAUGAAAAUCCAAAACGUCGAAAUUAAGCAGAUUAAUGAGAAGGUUAUGAAGCGAAGAAGUGAGGAUCGUAAAGAAGUCACAGAGAAAAAAGGGGAACCCCAGGAACACGGAAAAAGGGUUACUCACCCAGGUAGCAGUAAUAAGCAUGCCGAGAGGGAGGAACAACCAGAUUUAGUAAAGAAGCAAGGAAGGGAUCAUGCGUAUGAGGGAAAAGGCAAAGUGCAUUGUAACGGGGAAGUAAAAAAUGCCGAAUAUGAAAAAGAGAUGAAUGAUCAGGAAUCCGUAGUAGUAGCAGGGGUUGGAAGGGACGACGCUUAUCAGAAUGACAACCUGAAGGAGAAUAACGCGCAAAUGAAAAAGGAAGGCAGCUAUAAGUACGAAGCAGGAACAAACGAGUACCACAGCCAGGCGACCCACCAGAACGUCAAUCUGGAUGCAAAUGCAAAUGUCAAUCUUAGUGGUAGUGCGAAUGACAACUGCUCGGCGUCGACCUACUCGAACUCGAAGAACUCCGUGUGGGAUGGAAAGAUUUCUUUUGCCGAAAUGGCCAAGAGGAAGCCAAAGAAAGAAACGAAAGAGCCAAGGGGAGGAGAUUCGAAGAAUCCAAAGUCGGAACCUUCUCACAACGAUAGGAAGAAUAUGCACCAUGGGUUGAAUAAUAAAGGAGAUAAAUCGUCUAAGAGGAGAGACCAGCGUGGAAAGAGGUACGACUCGAACAGCACUAUUCGAGACAAGCCAUCCGGAGGAGGAACGAUGUUGCAGCACAGGGGAGGUGAAAAUAUUGAGAAGAAAAAUUACAACAGUGGUAACAUGAAUGAUGGUAGUAACAGCACCAGCAGGGACAGUGUCCGGGGAGGUGCAAACGAAGUUAGAAAGAGAAACGAUUUGAAGGAGCAUGUGAAAAAAGGAUAUGAUGGUGGAAGUGCGGCAUCCAGCAUGAGGGAUUCUAGGCGACGUGGAGGUGCCAUAGCAGAUGCACCACAAAAGGGUUACAGUAACAAGAGGGAAGAGAAGGAUAUGGUGGACCAUAUAACGGUUGAUCAGAAUGGCACGCUAUCCGAGGUAGAAGGAUCGAAUGACACGUAUCACAAACGCGUGGUUGGGGAAAGCAAGGACGGAUUGCGGGACGGCAUUAUGGAGGCAGACGAAGUGAGCAAGGAUAAUGCAACGAUGGAGGAGGAAGCAGUUGCGGCGGUUAAAGAAGUCGAAGCGGUCGAAGAAGGUGAUGGUCACGUUGAGGUCUGUCCCGAUGCCGUUCCCCAACCGGACGAUAUCCAACUGCAAAUGGAAAGCUCCAAAAAAAUAUUCCACGACGGCGCAGAAAGAAUGCUUAUUCCCGUUGUCCAGCGUGAUACGGAAGAUGCCAAAAUUGUGGAAGGAAGUAGAAUCACCGCAAAUAACAAUAACGUAACGGAUCAUAGUGUAAGUAGCAGCGUUGCCAAAUUUUCACCCCCAACAGAUGUAGAUGCAGACGCUUCUAUGCAUCGCACAGAUGAAUGGAGCGUGAAGGAUGCAAAGAGGAACCAAAUGAAAGAAGAAUCAGAAAAACUAUUCCCAGAUGGAUUGUCAAAGAGUGAGAAAAUGAAAGUGGAAAGUGCAAAGGACGAAAAGGACGAAAAGAACGAUUUGGAGGUAGUGGCAUGUGAGGGAGAGCGCCAUGGAGUACAUAUAGAAGAGACGAAGAAGGUCCACGUAGUAAUUACCGCUGAUGAGCAUUUCUCCGAGAAGAAAGAAGUGAACACCCAAGGGGUGCAAAAUAACAGGUUUAGUGUCCUCAUAAAUGGUAAAAUUACGGAGCCAAGUGGAGACGCGAAAUGUGUUGACGAGGGUAGUACCAGUAGCGUUGCUGUGAAGAGUAAAGUACCAUUGGAGGGUGUAAGUAAUGAAAAGGGAAUAGAAGGCAAGGAACAAAACGACGGAACGGGAAAAUGCCUGGUGGAGGAAGAAACCAAGUCAGCCAUUACCAUCGACACGGAAGAAUCAGUGAAGGUAACGAAAUCGACGAACGAAGAUUUGGUGGCAGGAAAAAAUGAAAAGAGCAAAACGGGAAAGAAAAAGUAUGGCCUCUUUAGCGAUAUUAAGAAAUGGGCCAAGGGGAAGCUGACCGAUGCGGGAAGCUCAGCAAAUGCCGCCCAGCAGGAGAAGAAAAGCAAGGGGGACGUAACUAAGGAUGUAGCCAAGGAUGUAGCCAAGGAUGUAGCCAAGGAUGUAACUAAGGAUCUAACUAAGGAUGCAACCAAGGAUGUAACUAAGGAUGACGUUACGAUCAAAGUUGACGCCCCGAGUAAGGACAACCAAAAGGAAACCAACGUGGAAAGCGCAGGGGACAAGGGCGAAGUGCUGAAAAAGGAGAACGAUAAUGUGGUGGCAAGUGUCGACGUGAAGGUGGAUGAAACGAGUGGCGUAAGCUGCAGCGCUGAUGCCGUGCCAGUUGUUUUGAACAGCGAAAAGAAGGAGGCCGCCCCGUCCAGUGAGGAGAAAGAGGAAAUGAGUGAAAGCAAUGUGGUACCACCAGGGGAUGUGGAGUCCAAGAGUAAAGCUGAUGGGUUGUUAGAUUCGCUGGAAAAAAAAGCAGACGAAUUUGAAGUCGAAAAGGAAGGUGAUACUGUCGCUGCGAAGAGUGAGAAAGAACAGGAAGAGUCAGAGAAGGAAAAGGAGAGACAACGAAUGAAACAGAUGAAGUUGGAACAAAUGGGGAAGAGUAAAAUUUACUCAAAAAUUGAUUUAUUGGAAAUAUUUGUGGGAAAUAAAUGGAACAGUGGAGAGGAGAGGUUCAAUUUUAUGUUGUCAUACAAUCCAGAUGUGGAUAGCCAAAAAGUUGGAAACAACGUCAUGGGUUCUUGCAACAUAAACCAUCAUAUGGAUACGAAUGGAAUGCAGAUGCAAAUGCAGAUGCAGGUGAAUAACCAUAUGGGUUCUAAUGCGCUUGCGCAUGAAGGGAAGAAUGUCAUAUACAGUAAGAGAUACAUGAAUAUGAUUGCUGCGGGUGGUGGACACGGUAGUGGUGGAGGCGUAACUAUGGGUAAUAACUACCUGGGUGGAAAUAAUAAUCAUGGCGUUAUGGGUGGCAAGCAAUUUGGAAUGGGUUCUGCUGGUGGAGGAAAGAACAACGACGAUGUGUGGAGAUACGCCCAAGGGGGUAAAAGUGGAAUGAAUAGCGGUGGACACUUUGCAAACGGUGGAGUUAAUAUGGGCAUGAAUUUUGGUGACAUGAAUCAUAGUGGUGGUAAAGGUGGCAUGGGAUCCGGUAUCGGUUCUCUAGAUGCGCAUAACAUGGGUGGCGGUGCGUUAGGAAAGAUGGGUCAGACAAAUCUAGAAUGGAGAAAAAAUGACGGAGAUAAAUUGAAGGGAUUCUUUGAUUCUACACGCGCUGUCGAAUCGCCAGAUGCAUGGAGACAUAACAACCAUAGUGGUGCAACCAAAACUGUGGCAGAAAAUAGCUGGCUGGUGAAGCAAAGUCAGUUGAAAGCAGAUAAGUACACAUGCAUGAUGAGGAAGCUAAGAGGUAUCCUUAACAAACUGACGUUUGAAAAAUUUGACCUCCUCUAUGAGCAGAUAAUCCUAGUAGGAAUAACAAAGUUAGAAGAAAUCAUAGGAUUGAUGAAGUUAGUUUUCGAGAAGGCAGUGACGCAGCAUCACUUCGUUCAGAUGUAUGUCCAGUUGUGUAAAAAAUUGAACGUCCAUUUUCAUAACAUGAAGUUGGAGGAUGAGAGCAUCGUUCAGUUUAAAAAGAUUCUAAUUAACCAGUGCCAAGAUUCUUUUGAAAAUAAUCUAAAGCCAAUUGAAUACCCAGAACACUUAACGAAUGAAGAGGAAAGAUUCGAAUUUGAGCAGAUGCAUAAGAAUAAGGUUAGAGGAAAUAUGCUGUUCGUUGGAGAGUUGGUAAAAUCGGGAAUUAUUUCCAUUCCAAUUGUCUUUGUUUGUAUUAAGCAGUUGUUGGAGAAGAGGGAGAGUUAUAUUUCUGCGAAGAAUGACACCAAUGAAGGAAACCUACACUUGGAAGCGCUGUGCAUGUUUUUGAACACCGUGGGGGAAAUUCUUGAUACGCAUGAAAAGGCCAAUCAGGAAAAAGUGAAGGAGCUUUACAACACUCUUCACGCCUUGAUAAAUGAUGAAAGCAUUACCUUCCGUGUGAGGUGCCUCAUUAAGGAUGUUAUUGACAACAGGAAUGAAAAAUGGAACAAGAAGUUUGCUCACAAAUUGGAGGGACCCACCACACUUAGUGUAUUGCACGAUAAGAUAUUAAAAGAGUCUAUUGAUCAAAGUAGUAGAAGCUUCAAUAGCAGCAGCAACAUGGGUAGUUACCACGACAGUAAGAUGAACAGCAGCCUUAGCAACAUGAGAAACAAUCUCCUUCGUAACGCCAAUUUUAAUAUGGGUAGUAGCAACACUGGUGGGGGUAUGAACGUAGGGGGUAGUGGUGGCCUUGGCGGAAACAGCAGCAACAAUUCAGGGUUCAGUAUGAUGGGUAUGCGAAACCUUGCUGGAGGAGGAGGGAUGAAAAAUAUAGACCCUAAUAAAAAUAUGAAGAAGCUAUCCCUAAAUUUGAUGAAGGCCAAAAAUGCCAGUACGUCGAAAAUGAUGGGUGACGAUAUGAUGAAGGGAAGUGCACUCAGCGGUGCAGGCCAAGACGGAGCAGCCAAUUCGGGUGGUAGUUUCUUCGACAUGAUGUCAAAGAAUCAGUUCGCCUUCAAGAGUGGCCAGCAGGGCUUUAUGAAUAACGAAAGUGCAAAUGGCAUUAGCAAUGCCAACAGUGGAGGAGGCGGUUUCUUUAGCAAUCUGAAUUCGAGGUUCCCGGGAAAGGAAAAGAGCAACAACGGUGGAAACGCAAACAGUGGCAGUGCCAAUGAGGGAAACUUCUUCAUGAGAAACGUUAACCUGAAAAAGAGCGGCGCGGAAGGAAGUGCAGCUGAAGGUGCCCCUAUUGGAGGUGGCACCGUUAGCGGUAGUGCAAAUGACGAGACGGGAAAAACUGAGGAACAGCCCAAUGACGCCUCAACCGGAGAAGAAACCAUAUUGGCGGGGGAAAGUGGUUCUCCCAAUGACGACGCAGAAAAGAACGCCCAAACGGAGGGAACACCGAACGAAGGAACAAAUAGUUUAAAUGAUGAUAACGCCUUCACCGAGCAGUACCUCCCCAAGGUGAACGAAAUUCUGGAGAUGUCCACCAUCACAGGAUCAGACGAAUGGGAAACCCUAACCAGAAAAAUCGAAAAUUUGAAUAUCCCCCCGAAAUUUAAUGAAAAAUUACAAACCAACAUUUUAAAGCUUACCCUUAAGAAAUACGCAUGUAACAAAAACGUCGAAAAAAGUGCAGAUUAUUUUAACUGGCUCAUCUCAAUAGUCCUGUUGAAUAAAAUCGACUUGGAAUCUUUUAAACCAUGUUGGAAGACCUUCAUGUUGGAGAGUGACGAAAACAGCUAUGAGUGCACCAAGGAGGACUACCCCCUCUUGCCUUGCUUGGCGAAGAAUUUCAUUAAGGCGAUUGAACUGCAUGACACGAACCACCUGCUCUACGAUGCGGCCACGAUUGACCAAAUGAAGAGCGUCAUCUGA